UCAGGGCGUGGGGUGGGGGGUGAUUAUCACCCUGGCGUCUGCCCUAUUAUUUACCCCUGUCUCCUCCACACCUACGUAUUCGUUUACGCCCACCGAUACACCGAAGGUACAGAGCAGGCAGCUCCGUGGAGUCCCCUUUGUUGGUGCUGCCGGAACAACAACAAAAACAACAACGAUGAAAGUGUUCUUUUUUAUUUUGACGCUCGGGUGUUCUCUUGCUUCUGACACACGACCUCCCACCCAUGUCGGACCCUCGCCGCUCGGCUUCAGGUCCUCGGUCCGCUCGGUGUGCAAGCCCAUACCGAGUACCUUAUCCCUGUGCCACGGUAUCGGCUACCGGCACAUGAGGCUCCCUAAUCUACUGGGCCACGACUCUCUAAGGGAGGCCCAGCAGCAGUCAGCCGCCUGGCUGCCGCUCAUCUCCAAGCUGUGCCACCGAGACACCAAGAAGUUCCUGUGCUCCUUGUUCGCCCCGGUGUGCGUGCCGGACUACAGCGGGCCGGUAAGCCCGUGUCGGAACCUUUGCGAGGCCGUGCGUGACCACUGCGUCCCCGUCAUGAGCGCCUUCGGAUUCCCCUGGCCUGAGAUGUUCGAUUGUAGCCGCUUUCCGCGAGAGACGCAACUUUGCAUCCCCCCCAGCGGUGAUCAGGACCCACGGACAGCAGAGGAAGUGUCCCACGAGGAGGCGCUUAAAGGAAGUGUUAUUUGUGACGCCUGCAGUCUGGCAGCCGAGGGAGAGACUGACAUCCAAGACAACUUCUGUCAAAGUCCAUAUGCCUUCAAGAUGCGCCUGGGCAGCGUGUCGACAGUGGGAGGGGACCUGCAGCUGGUGCCUUUGGCCCGAAGCCGUAUUCUGAGAUGGGCAGGGGGAGGUGCCGAGAGGGCGGAAGGAAUCGGAGGUGCGAUGGCCCACAAUGCUCUGUGGUUGCAGGAAGGAGGCACUUGUGCAUGUCCCGGCUUGGACUCGGUUGACAAAAACAAUAAUGACGGUUUAGAAAAGGUGAAUGGGGCCCAGGCUGGAUGGUACUUGGCGCUGGCUCGGGCGGAGGAGGGAAGGCUGGUGUUGAUUCGGCUGGUGCGCUGGACUCGGGGUGACAAAGAACUGAAGAAGUUCAUCAGAAGUGUCCUGAAACAACCAUGUACUGACAUGUAGACGGUAAUUACCAGCGUUUAUGUAAAUGUAGCAACCUAUUCAGCUAACACAGUCUCUAAAUAACCUCAUUAAUCUUUGGCAGACUUUUAAACACUUAAUUAAUGAAGAAGUGUUACUGUCAAUCUGCAUCGAGGCCACUGGCAUAAUUAAUUGUAACUGGCUCCAGGUCCAGAGCGGAUUAUUUAUUUAGUGCCCUUCACCACUUUCAUAAAAGUGACAGACAUAUUGGUGCAUUACAAGGUUUACAUUUAGGAUUCGUCAUUUAAAAAUACAUAAUGAGAUAUAAAAAAAAUUUUUUUUUGGGGGGGGGGGCAAUGAUGUAUGCAUACAUGGACAAUUUAAAGCUGCUGUAUGUCACACAGCAUCUUUAAAGAAAAUUUUCAGAUUAAACAGCAUAGUUAUAGUCUGUAUGUUUAUUGUGUGCAGAAGUCAACCACAUCUUGCAUAUCUGUAGCAUAUUUAGUUUAUAUAAGUAAUUUAAUUUGGAAUUAAACACGAGCGUAUUCUGACCCUUUCCCAAUAAUGGAGGAAAUGCUCUUUUAAAAAAAAAAUAUUGUAUGCAUUUUUAUUCCAUUAUGACAAUCAUAAUUAAGAAAAACUAGAAUCAGGUAAAACAAUAGCACAACAUAGCAGCAACAGAACCAAUGUUGUAUUAAUGGAGAAACUCAUCUAGCAUUAAUGAGUACAGUAAGUGUAAAUGUGUAUUUUCACACAACGAUUGAGCAGCACCAACAACAUUUUAAAGCACAUGCAGAGGGAGCUCAAACUGAUGGAUGCAGAUACAGUAAUCCCCUAUUUAUCGCGGUGGUUCCAAACCCGACCGUGAUAUGUGAAUUUCUGUAAAGUAGGAUUCCUUAUUUAUAAAUCAAAUAUUUUUGUUGUUGGAGCAAAGAGAACCUGUUUAUGACCAUCUGAAUACGUUUUUUUUAACAUUCUUAGAGCCCUCUAGACAUGAAAUAAUAGUUACUUUUACCCAGUGUAGUACAGGUGAUAAGCUAAUAAUGCUCAUGUGUGUUGCUAUAAAUGUGUUCUCCGGGGGGAGUUGAGUGUUGUGUGGACGGAAAGUGGCGGUAAAGUUUCUUAAUUUAAUUUUAGCUUGAUGUGGUUUAAGGUCGCAACAAUCGCCCAUGUUUUUAAUUCAGGGUUAUUGUGUCUGUUGUGAGAUCAUUCAAACCUGCAAUAAAAGCAUAAUGUU